GCUCGCCGCUCCGCAGUCGCCGCAGCCGCCGCAGCGUUGGAACCGGGACCAGCGAAGCCCGCGGAGGAGCUGAAGCCGCCGUGUCCUCGCGGCGCGGGGCACCCGGAGCUGCAGCGAGACCCGCUUCAGCACCGCGGACAGCGCCCGCCGCCCGGGCCGCGCACCGCGGACCCACGCGCGCCGGGGGCCGCCCGGCUGGCCGAAGCCUCGCGGCACGCGUCCCUCUCUCGGGUGUCGCAGGACUAAGGCUCCUAGGGAAGACGCGGCGCCCUCCGUCCACGGGAUCGGGCGCGCGCAGGACGGCCGGGGCUUCCCGCUGGGGAUGCACCGAGGGCCCCGUGUUCUCGCUGCCCAGAGUCAGGGCGCCGCCCGGAGCCCAUGAGCACCAUGCGCCUGCUGACCCUCGCCCUGCUUUUCUCCUGCUCCUUCGCCCGCGCCGCCUGCGACCCCAAGAUCGUCAACAUCGGCGCGGUGCUGAGCACGCGGAAGCACGAGCAGAUGUUCCGCGAGGCUGUGAAUCAGGCCAACAAGCGGCAUGGCUCCUGGAAGAUCCAGCUGAACGCCACCUCCGUCACGCACAAGCCCAACGCCAUCCAGAUGGCCCUGUCGGUGUGCGAAGACCUCAUCUCCAGCCAGGUCUACGCCAUCCUAGUUAGCCACCCACCUACCCCCAACGACCACUUCACACCCACCCCCGUCUCCUACACGGCCGGCUUCUACCGCAUCCCCGUCCUGGGGCUGACCACGCGCAUGUCCAUCUACUCAGACAAGAGCAUCCACCUGAGCUUCCUGCGCACCGUGCCGCCCUACUCCCACCAGUCCAGCGUCUGGUUCGAGAUGAUGCGCGUCUACAGCUGGAACCACGUCAUCCUCCUGGUCAGCGACGACCACGAGGGCCGGGCGGCGCAGAAACGCCUGGAGACGCUGCUGGAGGAGCGCGAGUCCAAGAGUAAAAAAAGGAACUAUGAAAACCUCGACCAACUGUCCUAUGACCACAAGCGCGGACCCAAGGCGGAGAAGGUGCUGCAGUUCGACCCGGGGACCAAGAACGUGACGGCGCUGCUGCUGGAGGCGCGGGAGCUGGAGGCCCGGGUCAUCAUACUGUCCGCCAGCGAGGACGACGCUGCCACCGUGUACCGCGCAGCCGCGAUGCUGAACAUGACGGGCUCGGGGUACGUGUGGCUGGUUGGGGAGCGCGAGAUCUCGGGGAACGCCCUGCGCUACGCCCCGGACGGCAUCAUCGGGCUGCAGCUCAUCAACGGCAAGAACGAGUCGGCGCACAUCAGCGACGCCGUGGGCGUGGUGGCCCAGGCCGUGCACGAGCUGCUCGAGAAGGAGAACAUCACCGACCCGCCGCGGGGCUGUGUGGGCAACACCAACAUCUGGAAGACCGGGCCGCUCUUCAAGAGGGUUCUGAUGUCUUCCAAGUAUGCAGACGGGGUGACCGGCCGUGUGGAAUUCAACGAGGAUGGGGACCGGAAGUUUGCCAACUACAGCAUCAUGAACCUGCAGAACCGCAAGCUGGUACAAGUGGGCAUCUACAACGGCACUCAUGUCAUUCCCAAUGACAGGAAGAUCAUCUGGCCGGGUGGAGAGACCGAGAAACCUCGCGGCUAUCAGAUGUCCACCAGGUUGAAGAUCGUGACGAUCCACCAGGAGCCCUUCGUGUAUGUCAAGCCUACGCUGAGCGACGGCACGUGCAAGGAGGAGUUCACCGUCAACGGGGACCCGGUCAAGAAGGUGAUCUGCACUGGGCCCAAUGACACGUCGCCAGGCAGCCCGCGCCACACGGUGCCUCAGUGCUGCUAUGGCUUCUGCGUCGAUCUGCUCAUCAAGCUGGCGCGGACCAUGAACUUCACGUACGAGGUUCACCUGGUGGCCGACGGCAAGUUCGGCACUCAGGAGCGGGUGAACAACAGCAAUAAGAAGGAGUGGAACGGGAUGAUGGGCGAGCUGCUCAGCGGGCAGGCGGACAUGAUCGUGGCCCCGCUGACCAUCAACAACGAGCGCGCGCAGUACAUCGAGUUCUCGAAGCCCUUCAAGUACCAGGGCCUGACCAUUCUGGUCAAGAAGGAGAUCCCCCGGAGCACGCUGGACUCCUUCAUGCAGCCCUUCCAGAGCACGCUGUGGCUGCUGGUGGGGCUGUCCGUGCACGUGGUGGCCGUGAUGCUGUACCUGCUGGACCGCUUCAGCCCCUUCGGCCGGUUCAAAGUGAACAGCGAGGAGGAGGAGGAGGAUGCGCUGACCCUGUCUUCGGCUAUGUGGUUCUCCUGGGGCGUCCUGCUCAAUUCAGGCAUCGGGGAAGGCGCCCCCAGAAGCUUCUCGGCGCGCAUCCUGGGCAUGGUGUGGGCGGGGUUCGCCAUGAUCAUUGUGGCCUCCUACACCGCCAACCUGGCAGCCUUCCUGGUGCUGGACCGGCCCGAAGAGCGCAUUACCGGCAUCAACGACCCGCGACUGAGGAAUCCCUCGGACAAGUUCAUCUACGCGACGGUGAAGCAGAGCUCAGUGGACAUCUACUUCCGGCGGCAGGUGGAGCUGAGCACCAUGUACCGGCAUAUGGAGAAGCACAACUACGAGAGCGCAGCGGAGGCCAUCCAGGCAGUGCGCGACAACAAGCUGCACGCCUUCAUCUGGGACUCGGCGGUGCUGGAGUUCGAGGCCUCGCAGAAGUGCGACCUGGUGACCACGGGCGAGCUCUUCUUCCGCUCGGGCUUUGGCAUCGGCAUGCGCAAGGACAGCCCCUGGAAACAGAACGUCUCCCUGUCCAUCCUCAAGUCCCACGAGAACGGCUUCAUGGAAGACCUAGACAAGACGUGGGUUCGGUACCAGGAGUGCGAUUCACGCAGCAACGCCCCUGCUACCCUCACCUUCGAGAAUAUGGCAGGGGUCUUCAUGCUGGUGGCUGGGGGCAUCGUGGCCGGGAUCUUUCUGAUCUUCAUCGAGAUCGCCUAUAAACGGCACAAGGACGCCCGGCGGAAGCAGAUGCAGCUGGCGUUUGCGGCUGUGAACGUGUGGAGGAAGAACCUGCAGGAUAGAAAGAGUGGUAGAGCAGAGCCCGACCCUAAAAAGAAAGCCACAUUUAGGGCUUUCACCUCCACCCUGGCUUCCAGCUUCAAGAGACGUAGGUCCUCCAAAGACACGGUAAGGGGAAGAGCGCCCAGUCCCACGUGUCCGACUCUCCCCUCGCCCCCGUGUCUGUGUCCCGUGCAUCAGGCCCGCCCUCGCCAUCCCACCACCCGCCUCUGCCCGCGCGGCCCUUCUGCGCUCACCGCUGCCCGCCCGGCACACUAGGGCCUCUCUGACUCUGGGCCCCUCUCUCGGCCCUCUGCCGCGGGCCCGCCCGCCGGGUCGUCUUCCCCGUGUGUCUCUGCGUUAGUCUGCCCCCUGUGCCAUGACGCCACGCGCCAUCUUAAAGCCGUGUCAUGUCGUUGGUCAGCCGGUCAGCCUCCCCACUCGGGGCUGUGCCUGCAGCCCCGGGCGCCCAGGGCCACCCCGUCCCGGGCUCCUCAGCCGUCAGGAGGCCACACCACCUCUCUGUUGCGUGCGUUCCUCCAGCUUCUCCCAGGGAGAGGCCCACUGCCCUCGCUCCCUCCCUGCGACGUCCGUGGAGGGGUGCCUGUGAUGUCCCAUCCGUCCAUCUGUCUGGCCGCCAGCCCCGCCACCCAGACACCUGUCUCUCGUGUCUCACCAGAGCCAUGCCUGUUGCAUCCCCUCCAUGUGGUCUCUGUGUGGGCCGGGGCUGGGGGGCCGGGCCCGGCUCCAUCUGGGUGGACGGCUGGGGCCUGGAGUUGGCACAGGCCCCUGGCCACAGGGGCCGUCAGAUGGGGAACGGGUGGGACCAGAGGUGGCGGCUCCCACCCCAGGCCGAGCAGGGGCCCUGCGGGAGGCGUGCUGGCAGCGCCCGGGGGUCUGAGAACGGGGCGGGGGGGCCCCGCAAGCUGUGGCUGGCAAGCCUUGGGCACUGAGGCUCAGGGAGCGGAGACCCCCACGGAGGGCAGCGGUGCUUCAGCGCCUGACCCCCAGCCCCUUCAGAGCCUGAGCCAAGGGUUCCCUGUCCUCCUGCCUGGGCAGCCUGUCACUGUCCUGGGUGUGUGUGCUGGAACCCCAGGCCUCCAAGACUGGCCUAGCCCUGCUGGGAGCGUCCCCAGCGAGGAGGGCCCGCCCAGCCAGCACAGCCCUCAGCCCAGCAGCCUCCCCACGGUUCAGGGGCGGCUCGUCCUCCCGUCCACAAGGAGCCCCCAGUUCACGGGCAGUAUCACCCCACAGUCUUACGAUCCAGGUGGAAGCAGGAUUUGUAGCCCCUGCCCACAGCGCAAGGGAAGAGGGGCAGACACAGGACAGACAGGGUGAGGCCCAGAGCCAUCCAAGUCCGGGGUGAGGCCGCCACCUGCCCCAAAGGGGCCCGUGAGGCCUGGCUACUCCACUCCUAGGGCUCAGCACAGGCAGAGUGGGUGGACAGGGGUGGCCCGAGGGGCUGAGAGCACAGGCCUGGAGCCGUGCAGCCUGGGAACUGGGUGGGGCCUGAGCCAGGGGCCCCACCGGGGGCUGGGAGGGCCAGAGAGGAGCAGCGGUGGGGCAGCCGGGGAGGAGGCGCCCAGCAGACAGACCUCUGGGGACAGGCAGGCGAAAGGAGGGUCAGGAGAGUCACGCAGGCAGGGGGCCACUUUCCGAGGGCAGCAGAAUCCCACU